CGCCUCCAUGCGCCAACACGCUACUCGAUCACCAACCUUGGGGGAACGCGUCCCGUCUCGUCGACACCAGCUCCCUUGGCCAAACUGAUAGACCCGAAUAUCUCCGCCAGCAGAGCUCGGUUGACCAUAAAUUUCACAUAGCCAGAUUGCGCUCACCGCCGCGAUCAUUUUGCACCUGGGUGCAAUGGAGAAUAAACGCAAGGCCGCCCAGGGCCAAGCUGUAAACACCAGCGACGCCGACGACCGAGCUUCAAAGCGAAGAAAGGUGCCCGCACCCAAGGCCCAAUGACUUGACUUCUCUUCACACCCACCGAUUGCAUCGCCGCAAUUGGUCGCACCUGUACAUCUACCCCUUCUCCGCUACACUGUUCGUCAACCGGACCCUGGGUCCCAACGCGACCGAUGUAAUUAUCAUGAAUGGCCGUCUCAACGGCGCAAGGAACCGCCUCGACAAAACCCUGAGCUCGAAAAGCAGCCCAACCCGCCGUACUAGCAACCUUGCCUUGCAUUGAUUGAAUGCUAACCACCCAAUCAUCUCGUCUCUCAAGGAUGCUGAAUAUGAUCUAUUAAAGGGAGAAACGAAUGAAUCCACCACACACUAUGGGCUUCAGUUCCUCCAACAGAUCCGUCGCACGAGCGAUAAAACAGGUCGGCAGGUUGCCACCUACUUUGAGCAGCUUUUACCCAAAGAAGGCAACGAGGCCUACUAUGCCAAAACACGCAUGCCAAUAUCUCUUGGAACAAUCGAACGGAAAUUGGUCAACCAAGAGUUUUCCAACCUAUCAGAACUGGAAAGUUGGUUCAAGCGCAUGGUCUCAAAUGCAAAGGAUUUCUACGAUAAGGGCAGCCAGGUCUAUGAAGAUGCGGAACGCGUGAGGAAGGCACUCAGCAACUACAUGGUCAAAACGAACCCGGCAUACAAGUUGAUCAACAACUACAGCGCUGUCGCUGUGCCGAUACCCGACGACUAUCCGGAUGACGCUGGAGAUGAACCUGUUGCAAAGCCAACUCCAAGCAAAACAGUUAUAGCGAAGAGCCCCGAGUCUAGGAGAUCAUCGGCGGCGCAAAGCAAAGCGCGUGCAAAGCCCGAGCCGGAGGAAGACGAGGAGGAUGAAGAGGAGGAGGAAGAAGAUGACAAAGAGGAGGAAGGCGCAGAGUCGGAUGAGGAUGGCGAGGGGGAAGGCGAUGGUGAGGGUGAUGACGAAGGCGAAGGUGAUGAGGAGUCGGACGCCGAGCCAAUCUCUGGAAGGAGAAGAGGGCCUGGUCGCCCACCGAAGAAACCGGAUACUCAGUACAAGGGCGUCGACUACAAGGGUCUUACUUUCCAGCAAGCACAGGAAAAGAUUGUUGAGGAACUGUUGCGGAAAAAGGAACAACCUGGCGAUGACUUUGCCCACUUUGAACCUUUCCUGAACCUCCCUCCCCGGACUCUUAAGGAUUACUACCAAGUCAUCAAGGAGCCCAUUUGUCUCAAGAAGCUAGCGAAAUUGGUCAGGGGUAUUCACAGUCGCCGUGAUAAGCCAGGGAAGAGUGACUUUAAGAACUGGGCAGCUUUUGAGGAGAAAAGCAGCCUUCUUUGGAAGAAUGCGUACUAUUAUAACGAGGACGGCAGCGAAAUAGCCAUGCUGGCCAAAGAAAUGGAGGACUUCUUCAAUGCCGAGCUGAGCAAGGCCAAAGCGGUGGUACAAGAGCCCCCGCAACCAAGCAUUAAGCUCAAGCUGAACGCCCCGACUCCGAAGGAGCCUCUUCCUCGAAAGAUCAUCAUUCGCGCACCGGGCAGUCGUGCGGAGUCACCUGGACCUGCUACUGGCCACUCGACAGGUUCCAUGGCAGAUGGUGCCGCGAGCGACACAGUGAUGACCCCAGCCUUGGCAAAGUCAGAUGCUUCAUCAUCUGCGGCUCAAUCACCCAGCGUACAAGUCAAAACAACAGAGGUGGUAGCAGCCACGGAUUCAGCUGGCCCAGAAGAUGCUUCCCCAGCGCCAUUGGCCAACGGUCAGUCUCAACCCGCGCCGGAAACUGCAGCGCCGCCCUCACCACCACAGCCAAGUCCGGAGAGCAUAAUCGCAGCCAAACUUGCGAAAUUAUAUUCCACGAAGUAUCGUCUUGCUGGAAGAGGCUUGGCAGAUGCUCUCAUCACCGACCUUACGAUCAGAACACACCCGCAACUUCGCACUGAGUCCAGGUAUGAGUUCAGGUUACCAGCUCAUCCGAAGCUCUCGCAACAGUCGGUUACCAUCACCGUACCAAUGCCGUCUUGGACCGUGCAAAUCAUCCCAUCAAUCUCACCUAAAGUACUCAACGGGACAAGGCCGUAUAAGAUCUAUGUAAUGGUCAAUGGAAGAGUACUCCCACGGAUGCCCGCGCCGGCAAUUCCUAACGGCGGGACGCCUCUUCACCUGCAGCAGACGGACGACAACCAAAUGAUAUUUGACGCCCAGCUUGUCCCGGGAAUAAAUAAAAUUUCCGUCCAAAUUGUGGCGGCGACACCCAAGGAGGCAAAGCUGCCAGACGGACUUGACGCAGAGUUCGAGAUGUAUACCAUUUUGGCAAAUUUGAGCAGGCAGUAGCAUGCCGUCGGUAGGGGUGGAAGAUAUAGUUAAUAUUGUUUCUCCCUUCUCGACACGUUUUGGUAUAUAAUUUUGUAACAUCUUUUACGGCGCACUGUCAGCUCUGGGUCUCCGGUUAUGGAUCUCUAGUGUAUACGGUACUCUUUGUUUAGCGUUUGCAGAUCCGUUUGCGUUGAAGCGAAUAUGGGUUUGUGUUGUCUUUGGGAUGAUCACAUACAGCGAAAUUGCAUCUCUACGCAAAUGAAUCUUGACGGUUAUUUUAGGGUACUACAAUAGUAUUGAUUCGCUUCUCUGAUAAGGUUCAGUGUCGAUUUUCACUAUUGCAUCCCACAGCAAUGUUCAGGUAUUGGCC